CACGUGCGCAAACUAAAUUAAAAAAAAAAAAAAACCCUGCAACGCGUUUCAAUCUACUACUGCGUUUUUCAAAAUCCCAAUUCCUUUCCUGAUCUUACUGAGUCAAUCCGGGCCCCGACUCGCCGUCCUCCUUCCUCCGAUACUUAAACUUUAAUCAUGGAGAUCGCCCCCGCGGCGGCGCCACCACCACCGAAUCACGGAGAAUCUAGCGACACACUAAGACGGUUGUCUCUAUCCUCGUGUUCCUCAAAAUCCAUGGCUUCGAAUCGUCAUUUGAUCGAAAAGGAAAGUAAUGGAGCUUCGUCUUCGGCAGCGGCGGCAUCAUCGUCGAGGUAUGAGGACGAUGAAGAGGAGGAGGAUGUAUGCCGGAUCUGUAGGAACCCGGGAGAUGCGGAGAAUCCUUUACGGUAUCCUUGCGCUUGUAGCGGAAGUAUCAAGUUUGUGCACCAGGAUUGCCUACUGCAGUGGCUUAAUCACAGCAACGCUCGCCAAUGCGAGGUUUGCAAGCAUGCAUUCUCUUUCUCUCCUGUUUAUGCAGAGAAUGCCCCAGCAAGGCUUCCUUUUCAGGAGUUUGUAGUUGGGAUGACAAUGAAGACUUGCCAUGUUCUGCAAUUCUUUUUGCGCCUUAGUUUUGUCCUUUCUGUUUGGCUCCUCAUUAUACCCUUCAUAACCUUCUGGAUAUGGCGUUUGGCUUUUGUGAGGAGUUUUGGUGAAGCCCAGAGAUUGUUUUUAAGUCAUAUCACUACCACAGUUAUUCUUACUGAUUGUCUGCAUGGCUUCCUACUUUCUGCUAGCAUUGUUUUCAUUUUUCUUGGAGCUACUUCAUUAAGAGAUUACUUUAGGCAUUUAAGGGAGCUUGGAGGUCAGGAUGCUGAGAGAGAGGAUGAAGGUGACAGAAAUGGUGCUCGUGCUGCAAGACGGCCACCAGGACAAGCUAUGCGAAAUUUUGCUGGUGUGGCAAAUGCUGAAGAUGCUGGUGGCGGACAAGGAAUUGCUGGGGCUGGUCAAAUGAUCCGAAGGAAUGCAGAAAAUGUUGCUGCUCGAUGGGAGAUGCAGGCAGCUCGUCUUGAGGCUCAUGUUGAACAAAUGUUUGAUGGUUUAGAUGAUGCUGAUGGUGCAGAGGAUGUGCCCUUUGAUGAGCUUGUUGGCAUGCAGGGCCCUGUAUUCCAUUUAGUUGAAAAUGCAUUCACUGUUCUGGCUAGCAAUAUGAUAUUCCUCGGUAUUGUAAUCUUCAUGCCCUUUUCAUUUGGAAGGAUUAUACUCUACUACGUGUCAUGGCUUUUCUCUUCUGCAAGUGGUCCGUUACUGUCAACAGUUAUGCCACUAACAGAUACUGCUCUCUCCAUAGCUAACUUUACAUUAACUGCUGUUACAAAUUUGACAUCUGAAGGCCAAGAUGGUGGACUUCUUGGUCAGGUUGCAGAUAUGUUAAAAGUAAAUGCUAGUGGACUAAAUGAAGUCUCAAAGAACAUAAGCACUCCUCUAUCAGCAGAUCUCUUAAAAGGGGCAAAUAUUGGCACAUCACGGCUUUCUGAUGUUUCAACUCUUGCUAUUGGAUACAUGUUUAUAUUCUCUAUAGUCUUCUUCUACCUUGGUAUUGUUGCGUUGAUUAGAUAUACAAAGGGUGAGCCUUUUACUAUGGGGAGAUUUUAUGGUAUUGCCUCUAUCGCAGAAACAAUUCCAUCACUUUUCAGGCAGUUCUUGGCAGCAAUGAGGCAUUUGAUGACUAUGAUUAAGGUUGCCUUCCUACUGGUCAUUGAGCUUGGCGUAUUUCCUUUGAUGUGUGGAUGGUGGCUGGAUGUUUGUACUAUAAGGAUGUUUGGGAAGUCCAUGGCUCAAAGAGUUCAAUUCUUCUCAGUUUCUCCUUUAGCAAGCUCAUUGGUUCAUUGGGUUGUAGGAAUUGUGUACAUGCUGCAAAUAAGCAUUUUUGUCAGUCUUCUUCGAGGGGUUUUACGUCAGGGAGUUCUGUAUUUUCUUCGAGAUCCAGCUGAUCCAAACUAUAACCCAUUCCGUGAUUUAAUUGAUGAUCCUGUGCACAAGCAUGCCCGCAGGGUUUUGUUGUCUGUUGCUGUUUAUGGGAGUUUAAUUGUGAUGCUGGUAUUUUUACCUGUCAAACUUGCAAUGCAGAUGGCACCCACCAUUUUCCCUCUGGAUAUAUCAGUGUCUGAUCCGUUUACUGAGAUACCAGCUGACAUGCUGCUUUUCCAAAUCUGCAUUCCAUUUGCCAUUGAGCAUUUUAAAUUGCGGACCACAAUCAAAUGCGUUCUCCGCUAUUGGUUUACAGCAGUUGGCUGGGCACUUGGUUUAACAGAUUUUUUACUGCCCAGACCUGAGGACAAUGGUGGCCUGGACAAUGUAAAUCCAGAGCCGGGAAUGCAGGAUAGACUUCCAGCAGUGCAACUAGGUGCACAGGAUCGAGCUUUGGUGGCACUUGCUGCUGCUGAUGAUCCAAACAGAGGCCUCCUUGCCAGUGGGGACCCUAAUACUGCUGAGGAGUGUGAUAGUGAUGAACAAUCUGAUUCAGAUAGGUACAGCUUUGUUCUUUGCAUUGUCCUCUUGCUGGUUGUCGCUUGGAUGACUCUACUUGUCUUCAACUCAGCCUUGAUAGUUGUACCCAUAUCACUUGGGCGUACCCUUUUCAAUUCCAUUCCUCUUCUCCCAAUAACCCAUGGCAUCAAGUGCAAUGAUCUCUAUGCUUUCAUAAUUGGAAGCUAUGUCAUUUGGACUGCUUUGGCUGGAGCCAGAUAUUCCAUUGAACAUAUUAGAACAAAUAGGGCGACUAUUUUGCUUAGCCAAAUCUGGAAGUGGUGUGGCAUUGUUCUGAAGAGCUCUAUGCUGUUGUCAAUAUGGAUUUUUGUCAUUCCAGUAUUGAUUGGGCUUCUCUUUGAGCUUCUGGUGAUUGUGCCUAUGCGGGUGCCUGUGGAUGAAAGCCCAGUUUUCCUCCUGUAUCAGGACUGGGCAUUGGGACUUAUCUUUCUUAAGAUUUGGACCAGGCUGGUUAUGUUGGACCAUAUGAUGCCACUCGUGGAUGAAAGUUGGCGAAUAAAAUUUGAAAGGGUGAGAGAAAAUGGUUUCUCAAGGCUACAAGGCCUUUGGGUCCUACGAGAGAUCGUGUUCCCUAUAAUAAUGAAGCUGCUAACGGCCCUGUGUGUACCUUAUGUCUUGGCAAGAGGGUUGUUUCCUGUGCUUGGUUACCCAUUAGUAGUAAACUCUGCUGUGUACCGGUUUGCAUGGUUGGGAUGUCUCUGCUUAAGUGCAUUGUGCUUUUGCGCUAAAAGAUUCCAUGUUUGGUUCACCAACCUUCACAACUCCAUACGCGAUGAUCGCUAUCUCAUCGGUCGUAGGCUUCAUAACUAUGGAGAAAAUAUAGAAGAGAGGCAAAAUGAGGCAGGGAUUUCCUCUGAAGUGCAAAAUUCGAAUUUGCAAGGCACUGGUUUGAUUCUAAAUGAUCAAGAAGCUGAUGGAGGGUUGAGGCGAAGGCGAAUAUAUCAAGAGGAUGCAUGACAGAUGAGACAGGUUUGUGGGAGUUCUAAUCUGAUUGAGGCUGUGAAGCCUUGGAAAUGUUAAUAGGACAUUCCAUUGGGAGAAUCAACAUGUGCUCAUAACUUCAUAGUUGGGUAUUUUGUGCAUAUAUUAUACGUGUAAAAUUACUAGUUAGAAUGGAAACAUUAAGAUGGUUGUUGGUGGCAAGAAUGUUUAUUUUUCAUUUGAUUUUUGAUCAACGCCUGUAGAUAUACUGGCUUCCAUCAAAACGUCCACAAAUUCGAUGGAAUGAUGGUUGGGUAGCCAAGGCCUUCUAUCUCUAGGGUAUUGAUUGGAACCACAAA